AUGCCACCAAUUCGACCUAGAUCUCGGCAGAAAUUAGCCAGCCAAGAGGGCAAGAUCCUAUUAGCCCUAUCUGAUUUGCAAGAAGGCCGUGUUAGUUCUAUUCGCGCGGCAGCUAAGCUAUACGAUAUACCUCGCACUACACUCCAACACCGCGCCAGCGGCCAGGCCUCACGCGUUGAUACGCGCCCAUCUGGUCAUAAAUUGACCCAAUUAGAAGAGGAUUCGCUUUGCCAAUGGAUUAUCUCUAUGGAUUCACGUGGAGCAGCGCCUAGGCAAGCUACUGUACGAGAGAUGGCUGAUAUCCUACUAGCUGCACGCGGUAGCCACCCUCCGCCUACUGUCAGCAAGAACUGGCCAACAACCUUUAUCAAACGGCGCGAAGAGCUUCGCUCGCGAUACUCGAGGAAAUACGACUACAAACGCGCAUUAAAUGAAGACCCGAAAGCCCUACGAGCCUGGUUCGCGACCGUACAACGUAUAAUUGAUGAGAACGGGAUCCAACCAGAGGAUAUAUACAACUUUGAUGAGACAGGAUUUGCAAUGGGCCUUGUUUCUACGCAGAAGGUUGUUACGCGGGCAGAAAUCUGCGGUCGGCCACGUCUUUUACAAUCAGGAAAUCGCGAAUGUGUUACUACGAUUGAGGCAAUUAGCGCUGAUGGCUAUUCGCUUCCGCUAUGCGUGAUUUUUAAAGCUAAGGUUGCCAUCGCUGGUUGGUUUAAUAACCUACCAAAAGAUUGGCGAAUCGAGGUCUCUGCGAAUGGCUGGACUACCGAUGAGAUUGGCCUACGUUUGCUACAAAAGCUCUUUAUCCCAUCAACGAAUUCGCGUGUACGCGGCCGAUUUCGGCUGCUAAUCCUUGAUGGUUAUGGUAGCCAUCUUACACCUCAAUUCGACCGAAUCUGCGCAGAAAACGACAUUAUACCUCUUUGUAUGCCUCCGCAUGCGUCGCAUUUAUUACAGCCAUUAGAUGUUGGCUAUUUUGCAGUGGUUAAAAGGGCAUACGGUCGCUUCGUAAGCGAUCUUAUCCGUCAAGGAUAUAACCAUAUCGAUAAAAUCGAUUUCUUAAUGGACUACCAACACGCGCGGCUAGAGGCCUUCCAAAAGCCAUCAACUAUUCAAAAUAGCUUCGCAGCUGCUGGUUUAGUGCCAAUUAAUACAGAAAGGGUCCUUUCAAAGCUGAAUAUCUCUCUGCGAACGCCAACACCACCAGGUAGCCGGCCAAGCACCAGUUCUAGCCAAUUCACACCAAAGACGCCUAGAACUAUCGUUCAGCUCAAUAAGCAAUCUUCAAUGCUUAAGGAUCUACUAAAUCAGCGGUCAAAUAGCCCUCCUAGCCCAGUAGGGGCUAUAUUAAAUCGGAUUAUCAAGGGCCACAGCGAAGCGCUUCAUCAAACUGCAUUACUAGCGCAGGAGGUCUCCAAUCUACGCAUGGCGAAUACGAGGAUCGUCAAGAAACGCCAGCGAUCAACUAGGCAGAUACCCUGCGAAGAGGGCCUAUCUAUUGAAGAAGGCCUACAGCUAGUUGAGCAGCUAAAUCAGCCAGUGGAAGGUGAUAGGGUAGGAUCGCAUGAGCAGGGCGAAUUACCUAAUCAGGCAAUUCAACCACCUACUAGGGCCCCGCCUAGGUGCAGUAGGUGUAGGGAGAUUGGCCACAAGAUUAAUGUAUGUAAAAAUCGCUAUAUUUAG